AUGCUCGUCCGCGCACUUUUGAUAUUGGUGCUGCUCGUUGUUGCUUCGGAAGCUCAAUGGGGUGGCCGACGAUGGGGUGGUGGAAUGGGACGCUGGGGAGGAGGCAUGGGCCGAUGGGGAGGAGGCAUGGGUCGAUGGGGUGGUGGAAUGGGUCGAUGGGGAGGCAUGGGGAUGAACAGAUGGGGCGGUAUGGGCGGUAUGGGUUAUCGACCGUAUGGAAUGGGCAUGGGUGGGAUGGGCAUGGGCGGAAUGGGCAUGGGCAUGAUGAAUGGACUUGGGAUGCUGCUCGGA